AUGCUGAACAGCGUCGUUGGAACAACGAGAAGCUACUCCAGGCGGAACCAUUACGGCCAGGAUAUGGCUGCUUCAGCAGAAAGGCUUGGCCGCAACAACAGGUUUCUUCAGCUUAAAUAGAACAACCUAUUUUGAUUUUAACAAAACAGUUGUUGAUAAGAAGAAAACCACGACUGUGUUAACCAGGCAGAAAAUAUGCAGGAUCAAUGCUGAAAUGAGACGACGCAGAAGCGCUACUAACAGUAAGGCAACCAAGGAGCAUGUCCUAGUUCAGGCGUACUACUCCAGGCCUGAUAGUUACUCCCCUCCGAAAGGGCUGACUCAGAAGAACCUUGAGCUGAGAAAUCGUAUUUAUGAACUUGAGAAACAUAUAAGGAAAGCUCAGAUUCGUAAUUUGAAAAUGAGAAAUAAUAAUAAGGAACUGCGAUACCAGCAACAGAGGAUGCGAAAGUUUGAAGCCUCUGUCUUAGAGUCUCAUAAUCACUCAACCCAGAUUCCGACCCAGAUUGACUUCAACCGAGUGGAAUCUGCUAUUCAGACGAGGUAUAAGCAACAUGAGAGGCGAGAGAAGAGUCUUGAGAUCAGCCCAAGGGAGAAAUACUCCAGCAAGCAUGUUGAAAGCGUGUCCCGUCAUAAGCAUAGUCGUAAUCACCAAAUCGAGUUUUCUAUCAAGAAGUAUAUGAAGAGUACGACUGCAAGUCAUAAGAAGACAAAAUAAACUGUACAGUGGCAAUCAAAGCUUUGGCCAAAAGCAGUCGAAUGGAGUUUUCAUUACUGUCCCUCCUAGCCUGUAUGACUACGACGACAAGGUUAUGAUGAUCAAGAGAGGCAUCCAGAAGUAUAGCAAGCGCAAGACCAAUAUGGCACAGUUAGUUGAGAAAAUUAAGAAUGAUAACAAAUAAGCUCAAGAAGCGUAUCAGAAUUUACAACACGCAAUCUCCUGUUAAGAACUUGCAAAGUAGCUGAGAUUAUCUUGAUUGCGGAAUCAGCCAGGCUGAGGAUGUGUACGUCAUUAAUGACAAAUAGCCUUCCUCCUCAGUCUAAUUUCGGGAUCUCGAAGGUCAAAUCAACACACAAAUUUGCACAGUCUAUUGCUGAAGUUAAGGAGCAAACCAUCCUGGUGGACAACAAAAUUUUAACCGAGAGAAUUCAAAGCGUUGAUGAGGCAGCCAUAGGUCAGAAAAUCUUUGGUUCGAAGUCUAACAAUUGCUUGCAAGUAAAUGCUGAGGACCAAAUUGAUCUCAAAAGUUCGUCUAAUUUUGAACUAAUUGGGUCUUCUAAGAGUAUCAAGGAUGACCUCAUUGAUGCUGAGAGAAGAAUAAACCUCACUGAGAACCAAAGAAUGGACGACUUCCUGCAAACAUGUCUUCGGAUCCAAGAAAUCUUUCUAUUUCUUGAGACCUUAGUUGUUGAGAUUCCUGACAGAUUUGACUACAUUGACAAGCCAAACUUUUACCUUGUCAAUAACGAUGCUCUUGCUUUAUUCAAAACUUCAAAGUGGCUCAAAUAAGAAGGCACACAGGAUCAGGAACAUAUCGAUCAAGUCGAACGAAUGGGUGGUCAUCUCUGAAGAUCCACAAGAGCAGUUAUAAUCCCGGAUGAGAGCCUUUUCGUUAACACGAAACUGUUCUCAGCAGGAAAGGAGUAUAUUUACAAUAAGGAUAACAACUACAUUCUGUUACCAGUCAGGGAUAGCUCUGGAGAGCUGCUCUUAGUUCUCCAGAUCUUCAGGAAAGACUCGCCCCAAGCAGACCCGACUGGAAGUUCGAGGCCACCAGUAUUGUACAAAUGUGAGCUGACUCUUAUGAAAAUUUUCCUCUGCAUGGUCGGGUCCCAUAUCGAGCACAUGGUUUUGAAACAUGAGAAUUCAAGGAAGAAUUAUGAGAUCAAGACCAAUGAGAUAUGUAUCAACACUUUGUUGAAUAUUUUUAAUGAGCUUAGCUUCAUCAUCAAAGGACAAGACAUCUGCUGACAGUUUAUGAGCUUUCAGAGAUGCAAUAUACGCUUACUGGAGACUAGCACAAAUUGAUUAAUAUUUUAUGAUGGCAAAUAACGACAAAGAAAUGUUCUGCAGAGCCCCAAAGAACGUUGGAAUGAUAGGGAUGGUUUUAGACAAACAGAUGAUAUAUAGGUCAGAAUUCUUCGAUGAGACUAUGAAUCAUGAUUCAACCAUGCUCCUCGAGCCUCGGUACAAGAACGGGUUCUUGUCAGAGGCUGAUAGCUUUUCCAUCGAAGAAGCAAAGAAAGAAAACUUUACUAACUUUCGAGAUGCGGCACUUUUAAGACCUUGCUCAGUGCUCUGAAUCCCAAUAUUUUGUGAAGAAUUUAGCAAGCCGAUCGGUGCAAUUCAGCUCAUCGAAAAGACGAACAAGAAGAGUAUCUGCCAAGAAGAUAUCACCAGGGUGAAAGCCCUGGGAUGUCUCAUGGGGAGUAUCCUCAGCAACAUCUGCUUCGUCAGUGAACGAUUUCGGAAUUUCUUCGAGAUCAACCAGGCGAUUACUCCUGUUCGGAACAUUACAGAAGACCUGUACAAUAUUUUCUCUGAAGGAAGCUCAUUCGAGUAAUUUCAAUAUCUGUGAAUUAUCA